ACCUUUUUAACCAAUGCCCUGAAGACCGAGCUGACGCCGAGGAGACAGAGGCUCUUGAGUGUAAAUUGGAACAAGCGCCGUUUUUAUAUGUGUUCGUCCUGGUGAUCCAUAUCGACGUGGUUGACGUAAGUGAGCAGCAGGAACACUGACGUGUGGUCGGUGUGUGUAUUUAUUAAAGCUCUGGAGUGGACGUCAGGUCCGGAGCGCCAGUGAGAGAGUGCAGCUUCGCAGCGGAGGGAGGUUGCAAGCGCUUUAGCGCAAUGACAAGCGUGCAAAGGCCGCCCAGGAGCUGAACAGAGCAGAUCCGAGCCGAGCUGCUGAACACAUCUUCUCUCACCUCCUGCCAAGGAGGCACAGCUCCGGGCCCAGGCUGAACGGAUUAAAAAAAAAAAAGAAAUACGAUAUAUUUCCUGGCCAAAACGAAAUCUUUGUGAUAGUUUUUAAUGCAUUUCGCAAGAUCCGGAGAGAACACGCAGCAGACCUUGGCAGAGCCGCAAAAAAAAAGAGGGAGGAGAGAAAGGAUUGUUAUUUUUUUUGCCAUUGUGUUGCAGCCGGUAGCUGCCAAAGGAGCGAUCAUUUUACCGACCGCGAAUUGACACCGGAGGUCUUCGUUUUUUAAAAGAAACCACAAAACUGAUAUUCCUAAUCCUCCGCGCCUAUUACUGGGAUUCUAAAAAUGACUUCGUUCUGAUGAGCUGCACCAAACAGCAAUCGGAUUGUACUUCGCGUCGAUUGCUUUAGAAGGCUCAGAGGAAGAUCCAGACAGAUCAUAAACCGGCCGCUACUGCAACUCAGCUCGCCUAGAGAUGGCCACCCUACUUCGGAAAAUCGGUCUAAUCCGCCUGCACGACCGAGACACGGAUGGGGCAAAGCACCAGGGCUCUCGCAAGGCCAGCAAGAAGAACGGUGGCAAGCAAUGCAACGCCUCGAGUAACGAGGGCAUCCUGCUGCAAUCCGACCACCACCACCACCAUUACCACAGCAGCAGCAACAGCCACCACCAGCAGCUCCCGCACAGCCACAAGAGGUGCGAGCAGCCCUCCUCCAAGGACGCCAGCAAGGACAAGCAGCAGCCGCAGCAGCAGACCGGCAACAAGGUGCCCCCGGGCGGCAGCAGCAGCGGCUCCGUCCCCGGGCAACCUCCCAACAAGCAGCAUUGCGCUCAGGUCCGCAGCCGCAGGCUCAUGAAGGAGCUGCAGGACAUCCGCAAGUUAACCGACCAUUUCAUCAGCGUGGACCUGGUGGAGGACAACCUCUUCGAGUGGAACGUCAAGCUGCUGCAGGUGGACAAGGACUCGGCGCUGUGGCAGGACAUGAAGGAGACUAACACCGAGAGCAUCCUGCUCAACCUCAACUUCCCCGACAACUUCCCCUUCUCGCCGCCCUUCAUGCGGGUACUGAGCCCCCGGCUGGAGAACGGCUACGUGCUGGACGGAGGGGCCAUCUGCAUGGAGCUGCUGACCCCGCGAGGCUGGUCCAGCGCUUACACCGUGGAAGCGGUCAUGAGGCAGUUCGCGGCCAGUCUGGUCAAGGGGCAGGGUCGAAUUUGCAGAAAAGUGGGGAAGACAAAGAAAGCCUUCACUCGCAAAGAAGCUGAAGCGACAUUUAAAAGUCUGGUGAAGACGCACGAGAAGUAUGGCUGGGUCACCCCCCCUGUAUCCGACGGCUGAGCCACAGAGCUCGCAACGUUUUCCAACCCAAAAACACUUUCAUCCUCUCAGUGCUGUUUACGAUGCAUUCUUUCUAUUUCAGCUUCAAUUAGACGUGGCAACACAAAGGAGACAUUUACAUUAUUUAUGAAAAGAAAUGUUUACGGAUAAAAGCCUGAAGGGAUUUCUUUUUUGGGGGGAGG